AUGGCCAACUACAAAGAAGUAACAGUAGAUCAACUCCCCUCGGAGCCAGCAAACUCACUACUGCUUCAGCCCCAACCGACAUCACCAUUUCCCAGCCCUUCCUCCUCAUUCGUUCCUCCGCCGGCUCAGGAGCCACAUGAAUUCGCGAACAAGGUGCGAGAAAAUAAUCAUUUUUUAAUCUACUCGAAAUUUAUUAUAGAUCCAUCAGACACGACACGGAUUGCAGCUGCUAAACAACCUCGUAGCGCGGUUCACUCGCGACGUAACUCGAGCGAGGACAGACAGCUACUAUCUUCUCCAUCGCAUGACUCUAAUUCCCAACCCCUUGCUCCUGACCAAGCACUCCCUACUCCCUCUUUGAAACGAUUCUCAGUCGAGUCCAACAAUUCGUUAUCAAGCUCUCGACCGGCACCAGCAUCACCGGCACUGAGCCGGCAUUCAUCUCUCUUGCACGCUGGCUCGGCAAAGCGUCUCUCCACGCUGUCCAUAGUCUCCACUUCGACACCACCUCCAAUUACCGGAGUUGCCAAUCGUCGAAUGUCGAUCAAAAUAAGAGAUUUUGCCUUUCUUCCCGCCGAUGAACGUCAUUUCGGCCGAUCUUCACGAAACCGAGACAGUGUAGCUAGUUCCACUGGCUCCGAGGUGUUCUAUGGCAGUCUAGGGCCAGGUUCUCCUUCGUCAUCUUCAUCUGGGUGCCAAUCACCUGGAGAAGAAGAAGAGCCUAUUUUUGUUCCUGGGAUAUAUCGUGCGCUGUAUCCCUUCGAGCCUGAAGGAACCGCGGAAAUGGCUUUGGUCGAGGACCAACGGAUCCAUGUCCUCGGACGAGGCGGAGGUGUGGGGUGGGUGGUAGUUCUCAAACCAGAUGGCGAACACGCAUUAGUCCCGGAAGGUUACUUGGAGCUCGUCAAGGCGGAUCUCGAAGAGGACGACGAUGACGAGAGCGUAGGCACUACGGAACCACCCCAGACUCCGAGAGCUUUGCCCUAG